UGGUGGCUCUCUUGUCGUCUCGCUCGCCGGGGCCACGGGAGAGGAGCGUCAGGGCACAACAUGAAACCCACCGUCACAUAACAGCGAGCUUCUCUUCCCACCGAGUCACAGCUGCUGCUCACGAGGUGCGUCGGUCCGCUCCAGAGCACUUUAUCAAUAAAGUUUCAUUCAGGGAAACUAAGCGCAUGCACGAGGCUCCCGCCGGUGAUGAGUUAAUUAGAAGUUCGUGUCGGUAACAGGAGAGGAGGCGCGGCCCCGGUUCCCUGCAGCACAGAGGGGGGGACACACCGGGCAGGAUGAGCGAGGAUCCGAGGAAAAGGAGCAGCAGCAGCGGAGGAGGUGGAGGAGGUGGAGGAGCAGCAGCUGACCCGGAGCCGUCCGGGUCUCAGUGUGCUGAGGGCAACGACACAGGUGAAAGCUCGGGGGUGGCUCUGAAGAAACAGAUCGGCCUGGUCAGCGCCUGUGGCAUCAUAGUGGGAAACAUCAUUGGAUCUGGGAUCUUUGUGAGUCCUAAGGGCGUCCUGGAGAAUGCCAGCUCAGUGGGUGUUGCCCUGAUCGUGUGGGUCUCCACUGGAGUCAUCACAGCUAUUGGUGCUCUCUGCUAUGCAGAAUUAGGCGUGACCAUCCCCAAGUCUGGGGGAGACUACUCCUAUGUUAAAGACAUAUUUGGAGGACUGGCUGGGUUUCUGCGUCUGUGGAUUGCGGUGUUGGUUAUUUACCCCAGUAACCAGGCCGUGAUCGCUCUCACCUUCUCCAACUACAUCCUGCAGCCUCUCUUCUCCUCCUGCCUCCCUCCAGAGAGCGGCCUCCGUCUGCUGGCUGCAGUCUGCCUCUUGUUUUUGACCUGGGUGAACUGCUACAGUGUGCGCUGGGCCACAUGUGUACAAGAUGUCUUCACCACUGGCAAGCUCCUGGCCCUGGGCCUCAUCAUCAUAAUGGGCAUCGUCCAAAUUUGCAAAGGUCACUAUCACUGGUUGGAGCCAGUUCACGCCUUUGAGACCUUCCGUGACUACGAUGUCGGUCUGAUAGCUCUGUCCUUCCUGCAAGGCUCGUUUGCAUAUGGAGGCUGGAACUUCCUCAACUACGUCACAGAGGAGCUGAUCGACCCAUACAAGAAUCUGCCUCGUGCCAUCUUCAUCUCUAUCCCUGUGGUCACUUUUGUUUAUGUCUUUGCCAACAUAGCGUACAUCACAGCCAUGAGCCCCCAGGAGCUGCUGGCCUCCAAUGCUGUAGCAGUGACAUUUGGAGACAAAUUGCUAGGAGUGAUGUCAUGGAUCAUGCCCAUCUCCGUGGCACUCUCCACCUUCGGGGGAGUCAAUGGCUCGCUCUUCACCUCGUCGCGGCUGUUUUUUGCAGGAGCGAGGGAAGGCCAUCUCCCACGUCUGUUGGCCAUGAUUCAUGUCACACGCUGCACUCCUAUUCCAGCCUUGGUGUUCACUGUGGCCUCAUCUCUGCUGAUGUUGUGCACCAGUGACAUUUACACACUCAUUAACUACGUGGGCUUCAUCAACUACCUCUUCUAUGGCGUCACUGUUGCUGGGCAGAUUGUGCUGCGCGUCAAACAGCCUGACAUGUAUCGACCCAUCAAGGUGAGCCUGGUCUGGCCGGUGAUCUACCUGCUGUUCUGGGCCUUCCUGCUGGUCUUCUCCCUCUACUCUGAGCCUCUGGUCUGUGGUAUUGGACUGGCCAUCAUGAUGACCGGCAUCCCAGUGUAUUUCUUUGGAGUCUACUGGGAAAACAAGCCUCAGUGUUUUGAUACUAUUAUUGGUAAAAUGACUCUUCUGUGCCAAAAGCUCUGCUCAGUGGUCUAUCCAGACAUGGGGGGGAACCCGGAACCCCAUGUAGCGCCAAAUAAAGCCGGGGUUGGGGAAGAUUGAUAAGACCCUCAAAUGUCUUAAUUGAACAUGUGCACAGACACUUCCUCUCUGUACUCAUAUGUGGAUUAAAGUUGGGGGGGAAAAAGACGCCUGGAAGAAGAAUCCUAGGAGGACGAGUGUACUUUGUCACUUAAUGGAAAUGUUAACACUGAAUAUGUUCUACAGCACUGGACUUUAUUACCCCGUCAUUGACCGGCCUGGGUGUUUGAGAUGAAAUAUCACAUAGAACAGAAAUAACUUUUGUUUUCAUAGUCUUAUUUAAAUAAUUUCCCCUCUGUUUGUGUUGAAUGAUGUACUGUUUGUGAUUUGUGAGUCUGGGAUCCAGAGAAAGCAAAUAUUUCAAUGUGUCUUCAUAAACCCAUCAUGAUCAAAGUUGUACAAAUGUCAUUCUUCCUCUUAUCUGUUGUUUAUGCUGUCAAGUCAUUACAGAAACACGAAUGAAAAUUUCCAGAUGGUAUAAUAGUUUUUAUUACCGCCAGUACGGUUAUUUUGACCCUCAUUCAGUUGUUUGUUGGUUGGAUUGUAUAUCUGUAAGAUUACACGGAAAUGAAACUUGGUGGAAGGAUGUGGUGUCAGUCAAGGAGGAACCCAGUCAAAUUUGGUGUGAAACCCAGGAUUCUUUUCAAAAUGUUCACUGUUUUUAUCAGCAACAAUUCAUUUAAUCCAUUUGGGUAACGAUGAAUAUAAAACAUCUGGACUCAGAAAACAGGUUUUGCUUUAGGGAGAGAAGGUUUAUUACUGACUGAUCACUGGCUGUUUAUUUUACAUUUACUCGUUUGAAAUAAAUUUUGUUCUGUGAAAAUA